AUGAGCUUUUUCAGUGGAAGUUCCGGCUCGAGACCUCGAAGGCAGCGUUCCGAGCCUACAUACGAAACACCACCAUACGAUCAACAGCCACAGGCACGCCAGUAUGUUCAGCAUCAGCAGAGCAAAUAUGGUCCACACUUCCAGAAGGGACCAAUGCAAGAGCAGAUAUAUGACCGAAGGGCAGACGGCGAAAAGAUCCCCCAGGGCCAUCCAGAUCUCCGUGACCGUGCCAAUUCGUUCCACCAACCCAGACAGCAUCACGAAUACUCCGACCCUUUUAAAAAGAUACCCCAAAAGUGGUCAAAGCAGAUGGACGCCGAGUGGAAAAGUUAUCAUGCUCUUAGUGACCGCAACGAGGAUGAGGACACCGAAGCUAUUCGUCUUGCAUAUCACGUGGGAGUUGGCCGCAAACAUAAGCCGCAUCCAGAUCAAGGCACAACAAUCAAAGCUGGAAUCUCUGCUAGUGACGCAUGGGCUGUUCAUUUGAAUAGCUAA